GCGGUGCACGCGUCGCGACGCCACGUCCUCGCACAGUGCGCCGCGAACGACGUCGGCGAGGCGAGCUCUCCCUGGGAAGCGCGUCGACCAGACGCCGCGGCGCCGACCGACCCCGCGAGCGGGCCCGACGCCCGGUCACGCGAGCGCCGCGACGCCGCGAGCUCCGACGCGCCGCUCGAGGUGCAGCGGGCGACUCUAAAAUGAACAAUACGAUCCGAGGGACGGUGCAUUAACUACGUAAGUGUCUCUCUCCUUCCUCCCUGCCUGGUGGACUUCCGGUGCCCCGCGAAGUUCAUCCCACUUCCGGCCUCGCAACGGGAUAUUGGAAGACUUCCGACGAGGAGCGGAAGAGUCUUCGAGGUCAGGAUGACGAAGAGGUUCGAGUUCAACUGGCAGACCGAGGUCCCGGAGCCUCUGAGGCUGGGAUGCACCUUCGACAGGUGGACCGAGGAGAAGGACAAUACCGAGAUCGAGCUCAACUGCAUGUUCAAGGUCGACGAGUAUGGUUUCUUCAUCUACUGGCAGAGCGAGGGAAAGGACGGCGACGUCAUCGAGCUGUGUCAAGUGAGCGACAUCCGGGCCGGAGGUGUUCCGAAGGACCCGAAGCUCCUCGACAAGCUCUGCACCAAGCAUGGCGAACAGUUGGACGAGAAGAGCCUGACCAUCUGCUCCGGCGUUGACUAUACCAAUAUCAAUUAUCAACACGUCGUCUGUCCCGACCCGACAACUGCCAAGGUAUGGCUCGACGGAGUAAGGUCCAUUACUCAUAACGUGAAAGCCAAUAAUGUCUGCCCACUGACGUGUCUCAAGAAACAUUGGAUGAGGCUGAGAAUGUUGGUCGACCCCAACGGGAAAGUUCCGGUAAAAGUGGUGGCCCGAACUUUUGCCUCGGGGAAGACGGAGAAACUAGUAUACCAGUGCCUGUCCGAUUUAGGACUCCCUAGCGGAAAGAACGACGUGAUAGAGCCCGAUGACUUCACCUUCGAUGCGUUCUACGCGCUGUACCACAAGAUCUGCCCCAGGAACGACAUCGAGGAGCUGUUCCAGUCCAUCACCCAGGGAAAAGCAGACACCAUCAAUCUGGAACAGCUGAUCAGCUUCCUGAACGAGAAGCAGCGCGACCCAACCCUGAACGAAAUCCUGUAUCCACUUUACGACGAGAAGAGGGCUCUGGAGAUCAUCAACGAUUACGAGCAAAAUGAGACCAUUCGCAGUCAGAAGACCAUGUCGAAGGACGGCUUCAUCAGGUACUUGAUCUCGGACGAGAACGCCCCCGUGUUCCUGGACAGGCUGGACGUGUACAUGGACAUGGACCAGCCCUUGUCUCAUUAUUACAUCAACUCCAGCCACAACACCUAUUUGAGCGGCAGGCAGUUCGGAGGGAAAAGCAGCGUGGAAAUGUACCGCCAGGUCCUGCUGGCAGGUUGCCGGUGCGUCGAGUUGGACUGCUGGGACGGAAAGGGCGAGGACGAGGAGCCCAUCAUCACCCACGGCAAAGCCAUGUGUACCGACAUUCUCUUCAAGGACGUCAUUUAUGCCGUCAGAGACACCGCCUUCGUCACCUCCGAGUACCCGGUCAUCCUAAGCUUUGAGAAUCAUUGCAGCAAGAAGCAGCAGUACAAGCUGGCCAAGUACUGCGACGAGAUUCUUGGAGACCUGCUGUUGAAGGAGUCCCUGAAGGAGUACCCUCUGGAGCCCGGGGUACCUUUGCCACCACCUAGUUUGCUGAAACGCAAGAUCCUCAUCAAGAACAAGAGGCUGAAGCCGGAAGUGGAGAAGCAGGAGCUGGAACUCUUCAAACAGGGCCAGUUCGUCAUCGAAGACGAAGUUAAGGAAGACGCCAGUGCUCCACCAGGUGUCGCAGCUGUCGUUGAGCAACCGGUAAAGGAAGUGGUCGUAACAGGAGAGGCAGUAGUUGCUGUCGUGGUUGGUCAGCAACCUCCUGCCCAACAAGGAGGUGGUCCUGUGAACCUUGGAGAGAGUUUGGAGCUCGCAGUGGUCCCACCUUACACAGGAAGCACCACCAACGUCCACCCUUGGUUAUCGUCAAUGGUGAAUUACGCCCAGCCGAUAAAAUUCCAAGGAUUCGACGUAGCCGAGCAGAAAAAUAUCCACUACAACAUGUCUUCCUUCGCCGAGACCGCAGGACUGAACUACUUGAAGACCUCCGCCAUAGAAUUCGUAAAUUACAAUAAGAGGCAGAUGAGUAGGAUUUACCCGAAGGGCACGCGAGCGGACUCUUCGAAUUAUAUGCCGCAGGUCUUUUGGAAUGCCGGGUGCCAAAUGGUUUCGUUAAACUUUCAAACUGCUGACCUACCCAUGCAACUGAAUCAAGGGAAAUUCGAGUACAACGGCUCUUCAGGGUACCUUCUGAAGCCGGACUUCAUGAGGAGGGCCGACAGAAAUUUCGAUCCUUUUGCGGAGAGUCCUGUCGACGGAGUCAUCGCUACGCAAUGUAGCGUUCAGGUGAUCGCGGGUCAGUUUCUCUCGGACAAGAAAGUAGGAACGUACGUCGAAGUCGAGAUGUACGGUCUGCCAACAGACACGAUCCGAAAAGAAUUCCGUACUCGCGUGGUACCCGCAAAUGGCCUCAAUCCGGUCUACAACGAAGAGCCUUUCCUCUUCAGGAAGGUUGUACUGCCAGACUUAGCAGCUUUAAGAUUUGCAGUUUAUGACGAGUCCAGCGGGAAACUCCUGGGACAGCGAAUCGUUCCUCUAGAUGGUCUUCAAGCUGGAUACCGUCACAUCGCUUUGAGAACCGAGGCCAAUUUCCCAAUGUCGCUGCCGAUGUUGUUCUGCAACAUUGACAUCAAGAUCUACGUGCCGGAUGGGUUCCAAGAGUUCAUGGACGCCCUGACGGCACCUAGAGCGGUUCGGAAGACGGAAGCACUGUCCCAGUCGAAGAUGAAGGGCCUAGGCAUCGAAGAGAGCGAUAAAAAUGCCUCGGAGUCUGGUCAGUCCCACCACGAAAUCGCCAAGCCUAAAGAAAAAAUGGAAUUUGAGCCCAUCACCGUGGAGACUCUGCGCCAGGAGAAGGGGUACCAGAAAACCACCAGACGGCAGCAAAAGGAGCUGGAGUCCUUGAGGAAGAGACACCAGAAAGAGAAACUGGCCGUCCAGAAGCAACAAUGCACGGCCAUAGAGAAGAUCAUCAAGGGGAAAAAGAAAGCUGAGUUGUCCAGGGACCCCACGGUACGAAAGGCCGUUUCAGAGCAAACCGCCCAAUGGUCCCGCCUAGCCGACAGACAAAGGCGGGAAGAGCGAGACCUCAUCCGGGCCCACCUCGAGGAACGGCGGACGUUGUUGAAGAAAUUGUGCCUAACGGCCCAGUUGAUGCAAGUCAAGCAACUGACCUCGAGACACGAGCGAGAGAUAAAGGAGAUGAAGGCGAGGCAAGCGAGACAUUCCGUGGAGAGCACGAGGGAGGUGAUGAACGACAAGACCCUGAAGACGCGCGGCAUCAAGGAGGGCGUUCUCAGGGAGAAGCAGCAGAACAACACGAAGAAAUUCGUGGAGGAGAGGAGGGUCGCCCAGAUGGUCCAAGGCCGGGAGAAGGAGAACCUGAAGAUCACGCACGAGAAGCAGCUGGAAGAGCUGCAGAAGGACAUGAACGGGAUUUUGGAAAUGUAUAAGAACGAGGAGAUCGAGUACGAGCUGGGUCCCAAGACCGAGUUCUACGUCUGAUAACGCGGACGUCGCUUCACCGAUCUUAGAGUCGUUAUCUCGCAAGGAUUAAUUCUAGCGAUUAUUGGAAUCGGGAUCAAGCCUCUCUUUAGCGUACUGCUCUUCGAGUUAGUGUCGACUCACCGGAGGGUCGUCGUGGUCUAGACGUCGUAUGUGCCCAAAAUAGCGUCUCAUAUCGUUGCAGGCGGACGAAGCACUCUAAGAGAUAUGGAAGGAUCACUUUCCUGAUUUUUCCUACAUUUUUCAUACACCCAUUUCGUUAAGAGAACGCGGUAAAAAUCCACAGGAUAAAUUACAGCGGUACAAAUUGUUGACGAUGAUCGUGUGGUUACGCGGCCGUGCAAUUCUUGUAGCCUUGAUAGAGAAAUAUUCGAACAGGUAUGGAAUUGCCUGGAAAUUCUCGAUCCAUUGUUGAGAGUUAUUCCAUAUCUCGUAAAGUUGAGCUUCACCGGUCCUGCACAUCGCAUCUCCCCUUCGCUCUUGUCAAAUUCCUCUCGUAACUUGUCGUACCUCUUCAUACCGCAUCCUCGAUAUUUUUUAUAACAGCCUCGUAAUAGUAACCGCGAAGUCGUUGAAUGAGUCAAUCCCCGAAGAGGAUGAAACGGUGAGAAAGGGAGAUUGAAAGAGGAAGAGUAAGCGUGCGUGCUAUCCGAAGAGCCUCGUAGCAUUAAGUAGUCAAUAACGUGAUCUAGUCAAAUUCUUAGGUAACUCGGAGGAGGAAUCGCGUGGAACAAGUUCCCUUUUGUCUCGUCGAUAUUUUUCGAUUGUUACGGCAUACUAAGAGUUCUAUUAGACGUGUAAUCUCCUAAUCGUAACGUAACGAGGAUGUACUUUUCCUGGGGACGCGCGAUGGCGUCUCUUCCGGUCGGUCGCUGGACCAAAUCGGAGAUGCUGGAGAGAGCUCCUUCCGGUUUCGGUGUAGACGCACCUCGACCUCAAGAAGAUCGUUUUCGUUGGCCCAUCGAGGACAUUAAAUCACAUCAGUUGACCAAGUUCUUCGACGUAAUCGUUUGUCCUUGCCGAGGAGUCGUCGAGGAAAGAGCCUCGCAAGAUGGCGGCUGUGGGUUACGUUCCUGAUUGUUGUCGUUUUUACAUGAUUUAUAUAUUUUUCCUAUCGAACUGGGGGGGGACAGAAAGUCUAGACAACUCCGUCAGUUUCGCCACGUAAAUGGGUUCUAGGUCAGUCAUUUGCCAGGAGCAGUGUACGUAACUUAAAUGAAGGUAACGCCGGUCUAGAGUUACGAUUCAACAUUGUUGUCUUCGCUGGAUAAUGUUAUACAUAUAAAUUAUUAUUUUAACCUGUAUAUUGGAUAAAAAAUUAAAUAAAGAAAUUUACCAGAAGUC